AUGCUUAUUCGAAACCAGCACCUCCGGAUGCGUCGACAGCACAUGCCGGAAAAGGAACGAAGGCAUCGGCAGGCGCCAUCACUUCUCUCCAGGGCCCAGGACGAGCUGCCAGCCUGGAUGGCAACCGACCCCGCUGAUGGCCCCCUGCAACUAACCGGGCAGGGCUCCACGCUGGAAAACCCGCAGCCGCACCCGCAGCCGCACCCGCAGCACCAAAUCCAUCAACCUCAACAAGCGCCGCGGGAGCUACCUCAGGAACCUAGACGGGUCGUGGUCGACUCUCAAGCCCAGCCCGCACGUCCCGCCACAUCUUCCACCGCCACGGCUGCUUUCCCCGCCACCGCCGUCGCCGCCGCUGCCUCUCCCGCCGCCGCCAGCCCCGUUGUCCUCCAGCCCAACCCACACGCCAACAUCGCAGACCUGCCGCGGGCCUACCCUUACCAGCUCAAUGGCACCGGCGGCGGCUGUCGCCGUACACCUGGCGGCGGCGGCAGCAUUGCCGCGAACCUCCGUCGUCAGCGCAGUCCGUUUUCAGCACAGCUACAGCCACAGCCGCUGCCGGCGCACUUGCGCUCCGUCAUCGGUUCCGUGGCUGACGUGCGAGCAGCUGAAAUGCCGCCGGAGCCCCGCGCCUGGUAUGACGCCAAGCUCUUGGCCCAGCUGCCUCCUCUUCACGCCGCAGCCACUAGCCCUAACCAACUGGCAUCUGAACUCUCCAGCCUCAGCCGGCGGCUAGACUGUGCCGUACAAUCCCUGUCGGCGCUAUCGGCCCUGUCGGCGCUGUCGUGCUUAGCUUCCGUGUCAAGUCCGCAGCGGCCGUUGCAUCCGGCAGCAGCAGCAGCAGCAGCCGCUGAAGUGUACUCGGGGGGUGUCACGGGGCGGGGCGGCGGUGGAACGGUCGGCGGACUGCGUGGGCUUCCCGGGGGGCCUCCCGGGGCGGGGCCUCCGGCUCAGGGUUUGGACCAGGGUGGUGCAGCGGGCCGUUCUGGUGACCCAGCACGACAUGAAACUACGCUCGCAUACGGGGGUGCGCGGACGGCUACCGCGGCUGGCGCUGCCGCUGCCGCUGCCGCUGCGGCGGCGGCUGACUCCAGGGUGGACGUGGAUCCAGGCUCGGUGCUCCUCGGUCCCGGCGGACCUUAUGUGAUCCAACGACAACGCCGUUCUGAAGGGUUCGUGGGGGAGAAGAGCCCCGGCAGCAGUGGGGGCGGUAGCGGCGACGGGGAUGGUGGCGCCGCGUGUGUAGACACCACCCCACCUCGUCAGCUGCAGCAACAGCUCCAAGACCACCAACGCCAACCACCAACGCUCAACGAACCCAACCACCUGGAGGCAUCGGUCAGUUGGGACAACCACCGCCAGGUUGGGCUUGAUGGAGCCGCGACGGUCGUCGUUCAGGGACAGCCAUUGGCCGUCUCUGGUACCGGUAGUGGUAGUGACAGUGGUGGCGGCAGUGGUGGCGGUAGCGGUAGCUGGCGCAGAUAUGGAGGGGGAGGGGGGAGUGGCGUGGAAAUUGGAGGUGGCGCUGUUGCGAUGGAUGUCGUUCAGUCGCAGAUAGCCGGAGGCGAGAGGUGGGCACCGCCGUUGUGGAAGUCCAGGGGCGGAGUCGGACAGCCUGGCCGCUCGGAGGGUGCUUCGGCAGUGGUGGCGGCGGUGGGGGGGGUGGCUGCGGGCAGUGCGGAGGGCCGCAGCGACCGCGGCGCUGAGGGCGAUGCGGAGUCCACCACGGGUGAUGGCGCUGGUAGCGGUCAGCGCAAGAGCGGCAGUAGCGGCGGUAGCAGUAGCGGUAGCACUACUAUCACCGCCACGGCUACGACGGAGAGCAGCACUCGUAGCUGGGAUUACGUGACGCUGUAUCCAGCAGCCCCGGUCGCGUUUGAAGGGGUUGGAGCGGCGGCGGUUAGGGAAGCGGCUGCCGUGUUUGGGGGUGGGGAUGUUUCGGACGUGGAGGCCAGCUCUCCCCUUCGCGAUGGCUCGUCUGACGACAGCAUCGACCGUGGUAGCGGCCGUGGCGCCGGCGAUAGUACGAGCACAUCGCAGCGCGGCAUCGCCGAUACCCCGUCAUCCGUACCGGCAAGCAAGGCAAGGAGGGCAGUGCAGCCAAACGAGGAGCCACCCUGGGUGCGGCGCUCGGGCAACAGUAGCAGUAGCAAGAACAGGAGUAGCAGUAGCAGUGGUGACAGGGCCCGGAAGAGCUCCGGUGGCCGUGAUGCCGUACAUGCCGUACAGGCGACAGUGUUUCAGGGGGAGGUAGAGGAACAGACGCAGCGCGGAGGUGGCGGUGUAUUAUCUGGUGCCGCGGCAUGGGACGACCAGCCACCACGGGCGGUAGGGGCGGUAACGACGGACGUCGGCAGUUCCGAUGGCGACGACUUUGGCGAAGGUGGCGACGACAGCCUGCACGCCCGGAUGGAGGUCGCCGGCGCCUCCGACGGCGCCUCCGACGGCGGUGACGGCGUCGUGGCGUUUGCCUUGGACGUUGACGCUGACGAAAAUGAUGAUACGGAUGUCCCCGAGGGAGAGGAGUCAAUACAGCUGCAGCAGCAACGGCUGCAGCAACACCUGGAGGAGGACGACGAGGAGGAGGAGGACCUCCUGUAUAGUGGCGAUGCUGGAGGCGUCCAGGGAGGCGUCCAGCGGCGGGGGCCCGCCGCGGCGGCGCCGCUGCCCGAGUCCCAGGAAGUCCGCCCUGCAGCAGGUGCCGUACAGCUAGGCGGCGAUCACAAUAAGAAGUCCAAGGUUCCAAUGGGUGCCCUCGGUGACGGCGGCGUUGCCCACGAGCCGUCAGAUCAUUCUCUUUCCUUUUCCAUCAGCUUCAGUCACUUGGUCGCACCGGAGGCCGCAACACGUGGUGGUGGCGGCGGUGGUAGUGGCGGGGGGGUCAUUGGAAGGGCUCAGCACAACCUGCCAUCGAUCAGGAGGCGCUACGGGUCCUAG